GUCCUCGGUGACAGGGCCUCCUCCGUCCUCUUCCUCGUCCCCUGCCGGCCCUAGCGACGGACGACACGAGCGGGUCGAGCAUGGCGCGGGCGGCCAUCUCCGAGGUGUCCGAGUACUUAAGCCAGAAUCCACGGGUGGCCGCCUGGGUGGAGACGUUGCGCAGCGACGGCGAGACGGACAAGCACUGGCGCCACCGCCGCGAGUUUCUGCUUCGCAAUGCCGGAGACCUGGCUCCGACCGCCACCACCGAGGCCGCCUCGGUGGAGUGCGGGGACCGCCGUCGCCAGCUGCAGCAGCUUGUCUCCUCCUCCAUGGCCUGGGCCAACCAUAUUUUCUUGGGGUGCCGGUAUCCACCAAAAGUUAUGGAUAAAAUACUUAGUAUGGCUGAAGGCAUCAAAGUGACAGAUGCUCCAAUCCAUACAACAAGAGAUGAACUGGUUGCCAAGGUGAAGAAAAGAGGGAUAUCGAGUAGCAAUGAUGGGGUAGAAGAGCCAUGCAAAAAGCGGGCAGUUGAAGGAAAGAGCAGUUCUGCUGGUGGUCAGGAUGCUUCCAAGACUUCUGGCAAAACAGAGCAGGCAUCAGCAAAGCAGGAAGUCAAGGUGGGGCCCAUGCCAUCCACUAGAUCUGUGGGAAGUGGAGAGAACAUAAGUCGGAGCUCUAGUAGCACCUUGGAGAGGGGGAGUGCACUUUCCCAAGAGGUCGCAGGAGUAAAGUGUCAGAAUAAAUCCACCAGUGAGCUGACAGCUGAGAAUCUUGGGUCAAAGCAAAGCACCAGCACUUCUCAGGUUGCAGCAGCAGGCCCUGAAAAGGUUUCAGAGGUAGAAACUUCAGACAAACAUAGUACAACACUAAUUUCAUCUGUGGCAAAAUCCAAUAGUCUUGGGACCCAGCUGACUGAUUCCAAACUACAAAAUGUGUCACCUAAAAAGAGUGUUUUGGAGAGCACUUCAUCUUUGGCUUCUCAGAGCAGUUCAGAGACAGAAGUGCCCUUGUUGACUUCUCAAAGCAGGUCAGAGACAAGUGUGCCAUUGUUGGGUUCCCCAAGCAGCUCAGAUGUAGAGUUGCCACUGUUGUCCUCCAAACCUGGGUCAGAAUUACUGCCCCUAUUAGGUUCCAAAACCACUUCAGAUGUAAGCACAUCACAAUCAACUUCCAAAACUAGCUUGGAGUCAAGCAUUUCAUCAUCUGUUUCUAAGAACAAUUCCUCAUCUAGUGUGCAAAUGUUAACUCCCAAAAGCACCACCUCAGCAAGCACUUUACUGCUGACUUCUAAAAGCAGCUCCCAGGUAGCUGCUACACUGUUGGCUUCUAAAAGCAGUUCCCAGGCAGCUGCAUCACUGUUGUCUUCCAAAAGCAGCUCCCAGCCAAGUGGAUCGAUGUUGGCUCCCAAAAGCAGUUCCUUGGCGAGUGUAUCCCAGCUGGCUUCUAAGAGUAGCUCUCAGACUAGCACAUCACAGUUACCUUCUAAAAGCACUUCACAGUCAAGUGAGAGUUCUGUUAGGUUUUCUUGCAAAUUAACCACUGAAGAUGUAAAACAGAAACAACCUUUUUUCAAUAGAUUGUAUAAAACUGUUGCAUGGAAGUUAGUGGCUGUUGGUGGCUUUAGUCCCAAUGUGAAUCAUGGAGAACUCCUAAAUGCAUCUGUGGAGGCUCUAAAAGCAACAUUGGAUGUUUCUUUUGUUCCACUAAAAGAACUGGCAGAUCUGCCUCAAAAUAAGAGUUCUCAAGAAAGUAUAGUUUGUGAAUUGAGGUGCAAGUCUGUUUAUUUAGGUACUGGCUGUGGAAAGAGUAAGGAGAAUGCCAAGGCAGUAGCAUCAAGAGAAGCUCUGAAGUUAUUUCUCAAGAAAAAAGUGGUGGUUAAGAUAUGUAAAAGAAAAUACAGAGGAACUGAAAUUGAAGAUUUGGUGCUUCUUGAUGAAGAAUCAAGACCUACAAACUUACCUCCAGCUUUAAAACAUCCUCAGGAGCUACCAUAGCAUGUUUAAAAGGUCACUGCAUAAAGCUUAUAUGGUGUUUUAACACAUGAACUGAAGUUUACUUUUGUACACUAAAAUAUCGGCUUUCAGACAUUUUGUAUUGCUUUCCCCCCUAGUUUUUCGCAAAACUUAUGUUCUAGUUGUCUUCACCUAGUAGCAGCAGUUGUAAAUAAUUUAUGAAUGAAUGACAGUGUGCAUUUAAAGGUAUGCCUUAACAUCAUAGCACACCAGAAUGCUGUUUAAUUUGCUAAAGAGUGUACCCAUGUCUUCUCUUUUUAAUGGUACAGUAGGUACGGUAUGCAGUUCAGUAUAGUCUUACUACUUUUUGUAUUAAAAAUUUGGUGAAAAUGUA